AUGAGACAGGAACUUAUCUGCAGCGUGAACAAAAUGCAGCAGACCCACAGAGACAGACAGACAAUUGGGGGAGGAGAGGGGGGUGUCAACAGGAAUGAUAGAAAUGACCAGAACAUCGACUCGCAAGCCCCUCUUGAGAUCCCAGGGGCGCCUAACAAGUUCGCGUUGUUUAAUAUCCGGAGAGGGUGGUGGGAGAGCUCUCUUUUUGCAGCCAAACUCAGGGGACUACCCAGAAAAAGGGAAGGGGGCUCCGGCUCCUGUGAACCCAGAGUGACCCCCAGUGUCACUGCGGCCCCGGGGAUUCGGGUAGUAAGCGGAGUGGGUGCCCGCGGGGAGCGCGCAGCCGUGGCCCGGAGGAAUGAAGGUCCCGCUUCGGUGGCCACGCGAACCCCCUCCGCCCUAUCUCCAGCACCAGACGGACAAAGUCGGAGCGUCGAGAUCGCCAGGGUUCAUCCGAGACUCAGAGCCCCCAAGCUCGAGUCCAAAAGGAGGGUCGCGGGAGGAGGGGCAGGGGACGCGCAGGAAACUUACCUCACCGGGACAGCCUUCGGGCACCUCCGGUGUCGAGACCAGUUGCGCCACAGCGUGCAAGUUGUCGGGACGUUGUCUCUUCCCCGGGUCGAAAGGAGAGCCGUGCAGGCAAGGGGCGGGGGGGGUGGGGGUGGGGGUGGGGGGGUCAGCGGGGCGGGGCCCGGGCCCGGGCGCAGCGCGCGGAGCCGGCAGGUGCCGGGGCCCGAGCCGCGGGUCCAAACUCGCCCCGGACGCGCCUCAGCGGGGGCGCGCGGCUGCGAGUGUGCAAUGCGCGCGCGCCGCGGCCAGAGUGUGUCCCCGCUUUCCCCUUCCUUCCCCGCCGGUCCUGCGGCCAGACUGAGCCCGGAGCAGCCGCCGAAGCCCCCGCUGCUCUGA